GUUAUUGAUAUUUUGGCCAUGAAGUGAUUUCUAAGGAUUUCGUGACAGUUUGAGGUAUUUGAUCAUACUGGAAGUGAGUCAGUCGUGAAAGUCUAGUUUUCGGAUAGUCUGUCAUAGUGAGUGUCCAGACAUUCAUUGUAUUUCUUUAUGUGGUGUCUAAUGGACUGAGGAUUGGAAUUGAAAGGCCACUGCUAUAUAGCGUCAGCUUGUUGUUUGUUCAUAUUCAAAUCUCGGAUAUAAAGCAGUCUCAGAAUCUUGACAAAACCUUGGGAGUGAGCAUCCCUAACUUGAGAUGAUGUCUCUCUUAGUAUAGGGACAUCUGUUGAGUUUGCAACGAGGAACUGUGAGUUUGUACAUGUGAAUUGUUGAAUCAACAGACUGUUUAUUUGUUACUGGAUAUUUAGUUGACCAUCGGUGGUAUACUGAGUGGCAAUGAUGUUGUCGAGCCCAGAGAUACCGUGGGUCGCCCAUGGCUUCCAAAGUGGUGGUCGCGACACCCAACGGAAACACUUUUGCAACCCUGUGGUGGACAUGCAUUCAAAUGUGAUCAUAUGUUCAACUGGGAAUCAAGAUGGGACUUUAAUUCGUCAGAAAAUCCCAUCGCUUAAGACUGGUGCUCAGUAUCGCGCACGGGUGAAAAGUGCUACGGUUCGGAUGAUAGAAAAUGUUCCAGCUCCUCCUCGAGCUGGCAGUGCCAGACGGAGACCUUGGAGUGCGACUGCAGCUAUGAGCAAAAGUAUGGACACAAGCCGCCCUCAGUCGGUUCAGCGAGCACGGUCUGCAGCCAAUAGUCGCCCGGGUAGUGGUAGGCCCAGGAGUGCUCGACUCAAAAACACGGGGACAAUGAGACACCCAAGCUACGGUGACAGCGGAAUACAAACCGGAUCAAAUGUUCGUAAACUUUACUCGGCAAUGAGCAACUAUACAGAUGAAGAACGUCAUGACAUGCAAAAUUUCCAACCUGAUCCUGACCAUAGAUAUUUUAGUCGUCAUUCGCGUUGUCACAAUCAGGACCAUCUUCACCGUCAGUUGGUGCAGAGUGUCCCUCAGACUGCUUGUGAGGACUGUGGAGCGUCUUGUCCCAGCAAUAAUUAUGCAUUUAGAGCGCCAUCUAACCCAACCCUUGCGGAGCUAUUUCAGGAGUACAUGACAAGACCUCGGACGGCUCCGGCAACGAGAAAGGAAUUUGAACAGGUACCAAAGUACUCAAAUAUUACUCGAGGAAACACUCCUCACUUCUGUAACUUCGUCCGGAAGUUGAAAUUACACGAACGCUAUGAUCUGUCGUCACCACGAGUUCGACAGGCAUUUGGAAGCAAUGAUGAUCUCGAUGACCUUGACGCCUUAAGUUUGAAGUCAGUCGGCAGCCGCAGUAGCCGUAGCACAAAGGUUUCCGGGCGGUCUGGUGGGGUGCAAGGGCGGCCAGGAUCUCCCUCUGAUGAGGGUGAUUUGGAAGAUGAAUACAGUAGUAAGAUCGAUGUGACUGUCAAGACUCCUACUCCAGUUCGAGCACCUGGGUCUGGAUCAGCUGGCUCUGAUUCAGAUGGAAAGAGCCGCAAGGCAUCAAGUAAACUUGGAGGAAAAUCAGAUACAAACUCAAGAAGCAAGUCGACUGGUCUGUCAGAAACAAUCUCAGUUCCUGGCGGGUCGAGGGAUGAAGGGGGUACGCCACUGCCCCCUGGUGAGCCUCUUGCUGGAUGGCAAGAUAAGAAACCUACUAGGAAAUGUCAUGGCACAAAGAAUGACAAGAAUACCUUCAACCUCAGCGGAGGAAAAGGUAAAGGUGAUGGCGAUGGUACAGGAAAGGGGAAGAAUGUGAAGAUCAUCGUUAAGAAGGAGAGAAAGACAUAUGAGAGGAUGAGGCCGGGUCAGGAUAACCCUAAAAUUGAAGUACAGGGUGAAGACAAGGGGAAUGGCAAACGGGAUGGUGACGGAAGCUCUGAGGAGGAGGAUUAUAGAAUGGUGGUCAUUCGCUCAUCUAUAUUUAGUGAUAGCGAUGAGGAAGUCGAGGAACACGUUCAAGGUCAAAGUGAGCCUGUGGACCCUCUGAAGGUCAGCCCCAAACUCCCAGAGGUACCACCCCCAAAACUCAAAGAGAGUGACAAGGAGAAGAAGACCCCUCGCUUGUCAGACAGACAACCCAUCGCCUUAAACCAGGAUCCAUUUAAAGUGGACCCAGCAGAUCACCUUGACUAUGAAUUGAAAAUGCGAAGAAAAGAAUUUGAAAUGAUGGCAGCUGAUGCAUUAAAUACAAGUGUUUAUAAAGGUUCGGGUGGUGGAAAUUCCUUUAAUCAGGGAAGGCUGGCAUUGUCCAAACAGUCAAGUCGAUUUGAACUGCCAAUGGACAUGAGAGUGCUUGAGACAAUGUCUCCACAAGAGUAUCUCAGACAGUAUUGCAUUAUCUCAUCGAGACGAAAGACCCUUUAUGCCAAAAUCUUCAUGAAACAUAAGGAUGGAAAGUUAGGUGUGCUGACACAAAGGGACUUAGAAAAGGCCAUUAAGGAUGUGCUCAUCAACACAAUAAGCCAAGAAAUGGUCGAGAAAAUCUUUAAUAUGGUUGGCAUUAACGAGGAGGUCCAUGUUGACCAGAAGCUGUUUGCUGGCAUUGCAGCUUUCGCCGAACGGAUUCUGUAUUCUCAGUUUGUGACCGAAGACACCCUGGAUAUGAUGGACCAUCAGAAAGAGAGGAUCGAGUCGGCUGAUUUCAGCGCGUUGGACUGGAAAUUUAAUGGAGUUAAUGUAGAUCAUCGUAUCGAGAGAUUACUGAGAGCAUUAUGAGGUUGUGCUACUGUUAUUGUGUAAAAGUUUACAGAUCUGUGAUAGAUGACAGCAUUGUUUGGAGGUUAGGGUUGAACUCAGUGGUUUUAGGGCGAGCUUGUCUUUAUAGCCAUUUGAUAGAUGGUAAAGCUCUUUGAUGGCUAACAGAAAACUAUGGGAAGCUGAAUUCAGCUUACCAGGGAUAGCUUGGUUGGUUCUGGGCACUAGCCAAUGACCAGUUGGAUUCUGAAAUGCUGCCUUGUAAUCAAGUUGAUGUUGGUACUUGGUCGGUAAUACUAGAACUAGUAGGCUAGCUUUAGAUGAAAGAACAUGUCUCUGUGAUAUUUCUAAGUGUGUUUGUCUUUUGGCAUCUAAUGUCUAAUCCGUUCCUUCCUUCAAACAGAUGAAAAAUGACUUUUGUGUAUUUUCUUUAAAAAACUGAACGUACUUAGUGGAUUUUUCCCAGAAUAUUUGAAUUUAUUGUGAUAAAGAAACAAACUACAUGUAUAUUCCUCAUCUACUCUAUGUAGCACUGACUUUUUAUUGGUUAUAUAAUAAUGUUUUGUUAAAUUGUUGUCAAAAUGCUAUCCAUCUCUUUUUCCUUUUUUUUUGUAAAUAGCUAAUAUGUAAAUAGAACUGUGUUUUUAUGAAUGUAGAAAACGUUUGUCUGGGAUUUCCAGGUGUCCUCAAAAUAACCAGAACAGAUUCGAAUGCCACCAAAUGUUUUAUAGACAUCAUUCUCAAAAAAUCUGACCUGAGCUUUUCAAAACGCCUUUUGUUUUCUGCAAAAGGAAAAUCCAAAGCCAGUUUUCAAACUUGUUUGGUGAGAUUUGGCUGUACCUUAUAAUUGAAUUAGUUGUACAGUCUCUUUAUAAAUUCGGUCUGUAACUGAAAAUGGGUGUAAAUAAAAAUAUUUAU